AUGAAAGAAUCAGAAGGUUGGGAUUGGAGUAAGUCUAAACUAACUUCUGAUGUAGAGAUAACUUCUGAAGACUUGUCAGAAGUUGAUAGUUCUGAAGAAGAGUCAGAGUCAGAAGAUGAUUCUGAAAACUCAGAUGAUGAAUCUGAUUCAGAUCCAGAUUCUGAUGAUGAUACAGAAUCUGGUGGUGGUCAUGCUUUUGGAAGGGUAUACUAUGAAGACGUAAGUUCUGGAGGACAAACUUCUGGAGGUGGUAAUUCUGAAAAUAGUGUUUCUAGACAAGGUCCAGAAGAUACUGUACCCAGAAGUUCUGGAGAACUUUCAGAACAAUUUCAAAGGCCACAAAGAAUCAGAACAAUACCUAGAAGAUAUUGCUGGUCAAACAAAGGAAGGAAAUCAGAAGAAGCAAACAUAGCCAGAGGAGAUUUAGAUGAUGAACCUGUGUUAUUGAUGGCUUCAGAGUCUGACAGAAGAUGUUUGUCAGAUUGGUGGUAUAUGGACACUGAAGGAAUAGGAAAUGUCAAAGUUAAAGUGAAGAAUGGGAAGAAUGUUCCGAUCAAAGAUGUUUGUACAGGUGCAUACAAGCUUUAUUGUCCAGAAACUAACAGAGUUGAAGUCAGUAGAGACGUCAUUAUGAAAGAAUCAGAAGGUUGGGAUUGGAGUAAGUCUAAACUAACUUCUGAUGUAGAGAUAACUUCUGAAGACUUGUCAGAAGUUGAUAGUUCUGAAGAAGAGUCAGAGUCAGAAGAUGAUUCUGAAAACUCAGAUGAUGAAUCUGAUUCAGAUCCAGAUUCUGAUGAUGAUACAGAAUCUGGUGGUGGUCAUGCUUUUGGAAGGCUAUACUCUGAAGACGUAAGUUCUGGAGGACAAACUUCUGGAGGUGGUAAUUCUGAAAAUAGUGUUUCUAGACAAGGUCCAGAAGAUACUGUACCCAGAAGUUCUGGAGAACUUUCAGAACAAUUUCAAAGGCCACAAAGAAUCAGAACAAUACCUAGAAGUCGGAAAUAG